AUGAGGCCAUUCAUUGACUUCACCUACGUUUUGAUAUGGCUAGCAAGCGGCUGCAUCCUCCAUGCAGCUGCUCAGAGUAGCUCGCCUACGACAGCUGCCGCACCUCCGACCCGAAGCCACCAGUCUGCGGCCAGCCAUGGCCCAUACAGCGGAACACCAAUGACCUCGGGAGCCUUGACGAAUACUGUUUUAGGUACGGAGAUACCUGCGGGACCUCCUGCGGCAACAGCUACCACGUACCCAAGUGAUGGAGAGCUUCACGAUCCCCAGCCUGCUCCAUACGUCCCUGCCGGAGGCCGAGGGACAAACGGAACUCAACCAGUGUAUAAUGUGAAGAGUGACUUCGACUAUGAAUCGCUGGUAUGUAACUGUAUGAGCCUUCCAUUGAUGAAUCGGCUGCCAUUGCUAACAAUGAUCUAG